AUGUGCUUUGAACGGCUGAGCCACCUGAAAUGUGGUCACUACGAGUCCUACCAGAUGGACUGCAAAAACUGCAAGCUACGCGCUGGCCGAGCCUGUGUCUAUUACGUGCAGGUCGUCAUGCGACGUGAUAAGCACCGCAGCUGUCGCAAGUGCAAGGCUCUGAAGAUGGCAACGAUGGGUAUCGCGAGUCCCUCCCUCCGCAGCGUCUAA